ACGUAACACCAAUGAUCCAUUUGAUUGGAUGUUCACAAUCUGUGACAAAGUGACGUAGUUAAAUUUCGGAGCCUACCAAUGAACCGCGGGAGAGGUACCCGGCGAAGCUGUCAGUCACAGAGGAGUGCUGGGUCAUCAGGACGGCAAUGGAGAGAGGACAAAAAAGACCAAAGGCAAAGGCCAGCCCCAGUGGUAUCUGCGGAAGAGGAGAAGCAGAAGCUUGGGCGGAAAAUAACAGAAGCAGUUCCCAAGGGAACAUGCCAGACCAUGUGUCCAGUUCAGGAGCUGCAGGACCGCGUAGCUCAGAACAGGCUUCACCACUUUGAAAUGGUGCCAGGCACAGAGAAAGAUCGAAGGCCCAAAGGUGACCCUUUGCGUGCCGUCAAGGAGUACGCAAGACCAGCAGCUGGGAAAGAUGCAACAAACCCCACGGACCUGCGACCACCUGCCGUGUUGCUAAAAACAGUUCACUACCUCAUUAAUGAAAUCGCAGCUACUCCCAGUCGACAUCCGUGGACAGAGGUGUACGGCUUUGUCUUCGACCGGCUGCGGAGCGUGAAGCAGGAUAUGAUCAUCCAGAGAGUGUCUGGAUCCGAGUGUGCGGCUCUUUUGGAGCCCAUAGUGCGUUUCCUCAUCUAUGCUUCUUACCGUCUCUGCGGGGAACCCCUACGGCUUUAUGACCCACGCAUCAACGACACACACCUGCAGGAAUACCUGAGCUGGCUGUUGGAUUGCUACACAGCUGACGGUGGUCCAAACCCCAACCAGGAAGAGUUCCAGGCUCUUGGGUUACUCUACAACUUAGAUUCAAUGCGUGCCAGGCAGCAUGCGAUGGAGCUCCCACAGCAGCUUCGCACGUCCUCUUCUGUCACGCUCGCCAUGUCGAUCGGCCAAGCCUUCCUGGAGAGAAACCCUGUACGGCUGCUGCGAUUGGCUGGCGGGCUGAGCUUUCUGCAGACGUGCGCGCUGCACCGUCACCUGGUGGCGUGUCGCAGGGAUCUCCUCCUGAUUUACAGCCACGGAUUCAGCAGCCGCAACUGCCGCUUUCCUCUUGACAGACUGGCUCGGCUUUUGCACUUAGACUCGGCGCUCGCAGCUCAGCUUUGUCAGCUGUGUGGCUUGCGAGUUGAUCUGGAAAACCAAGUGCUCUUUUCCAAAUCUGCUUUUGUUGAACCUAAACAGACAUCGCUGGACUGUAAACUUUACCACAGGAAGAUUUCUGAAAAGCAGACGUCACUCUCAAGGCUGCUUCUCCGAGGUCUGCAUGAGACAAACACGGAUUAAAACGGGGCUUUUCGCCACAAACGUGGCUCUCAAUAACAUUUUUGUAAAGUGAAUUAAAAAAAACAAUUAUUCAUUUGGGAGUUUGAAGAUUUGUCACUGUGUUGUUUUUUUUUUUUUCAGAAUCAUUUAUUGUUAUCACAAUUGGAAAGAGACAAAGGGCAGCAGUUGUGCAAACAUUUUGUAAAAAUGAUGCAAACAGGGAUGCAAUUGUGCAAAAAUGCACUUUAAUAAAUGAAAUAAAAUUAAAAUGAAAUAAAAUGAAAAACCAAAUUCAAGUUAGGAGUUAAAAGUGAAAAGUCUGAAUCUGAGCAGGGUGUAGAAUCUGUGACUUGGGUGUGGUGUGCUUAUGUUAAUGGGGGGCUUGAGGUCUUUCUCCAGUCUGCAGUUUUUUUUCCUGAUGCACUGCUAGCAUCUGCUGGAAGGAGGUAAGUUAAACAUGGAGGGGGGGGUCCGGAUAGGUGCAGAUUUUGGUGAUGCAGGUCGCUGGGCUCAGGCAGAGGAGGCCAUAGGAGGGGAAAAAAACCUGCAUCAGGACCACCACCUCUUUUUCUGUGCAAGGAGGAACAGGAGGAGCACUGCCAGAGCCCUGCAAAGUCACCUCCAGCAGGCCACAAAUGUGCAGGUGUCUGCUCAAACUGUUAGAAACAGACUCCAUGAGGGGGGAAUGAGGGACCAACGUCCAGAGGUUGAAGUUGUGCUCACAGCCCAACACCGUGGAAGAUAUUUGGCAUUUGCUAGAGAACGCCAGGAUUGGCAAAUGGGCCACUUUUGCCCUGUGCUCUUCACAGAUGAAAGCAGGUUCUGACUGAGCACAUGUGACAGACGUGACGGAGUCUGGAGACGCCGUGGAGAACGUUCAGCUGCUGCAACAUCAUCCAACAUGACUGGUUUGGCAGUGGUUUGGGGCAUUUCUUUGGAGGGCCGUACAGCUCUCCAUGUCCUCACCAGACGUAGCCUGACUGUCUUUAGGUACCCAGAUAAGAUCCUGAGACCCCUUGUGAGACCACAUGCUGAUACGAUUGGCCCUGCGUUCCUCCUAAUGCAAGACAAUGCUGGACCUCAUGUGGCUGGAGUGUGUCGGCAGUUUCUGCUAGAACCAGAGGCCUCCAACCCUUUUCCUCGUGAGCUGCUUGUUUUGCAGCUAAUCCCACUUCAGUAAGUACUGUUUACAUGGAUCAGGUGAGUUCAGUCAAUCAGGUUCCACACCCAGACCACCAUAUUCUAAUACAUUUAAUUUCCAUUAAUCAUUUUUGUGUUGUUUUAUGGAGAAAUUUACCAUCUGUCCAGUGACAACAAAUGAAAAAAUAGCUUGUCUAACUGGUGAAUUUGUUGAGAUGCUUUGUGAUGUGCUAUGUCAAACGAAUAAAAUAAAAAUAUUAGACCACA